CCGUAUGGAGUAUGUACACUCGAAGCAAAGCCACGCAAAUGGAGGCUAGCCUUGCUAGCAAUUUACCGUUAUCCGAGGUCGACCAUCGUUGUUCUCCGUCUUAAGUUUUACCUUGGAGACAACAAUUGUUGAUUGAAUAGUUUCGGUCGGGCGGAAGCCAACAUGCGCCCAACAUGAGGACGUAACAACGCUGAUGGAGCGUUGGCAUUAGAAGUCAAAGGGACUCAAACAACAGGCUAAAGGUCCAUACGUUGUGCUGGUAUAAACUUGCUCAGCAGUUUCUCGCCGCCUCGACCCCUCAUACAAGUUGUCACGGUCAACUAUCUACUGCUACCUUAGAGUUGCGACAGCGAGUUCCCCUGAUGUCCAGCCCCUCGCCGACAUGUUCAGAGUGCCUUGCUUUACAGGCGUGCUCGACCGCGACUCUCAAUGAUGCUCUUCAGAGAUCGAGAUUGACUACCAGGCAACGGCUCGCCAGAUGUAUCAUCUGUCGGAAUGCGCUGCGAAGCAAAUGCCAGAAAUACUGCCGCCCAACGCCCAUCGGCGAAGCGAAGCAAGAACCCUCCAUCCUGUCUAACGCCGUUGUCGAAUCCAGUACUCCCUUGAUUCAUAUGUACCUCGUGGAUGCCACCUGGUCCGAAGGAUGACCCAUACAGAUAGAUGUCCGCCUUCUGCUGGAUAGCGUCGUCGAGAAUCGGUUGAAGUUGGUCCAAAAUGUCGUUGUCUGGGCCGUCUUCGAUGAAAGGCAGGAUCCUGCCUUCUUGAAGUUGGAGGAUAUCAGGGGUCCGUACAUAGUCGAGUGCUAGAUCCAUAGUUUGUGAGUCGUCGGGCUCAAUGGCUUGGAAGCCAUAAUCCAGCUGCACGAGAGCCAGGGUGAGUGGAUGGGAAAAGUUGCGAUCGAACCAGUAUACGAGCUCAUGCGGUUUGGUUUGGGACUUGACGUUGAUGGCCGCUUUCAGCUUUCUUGGCCCAUCGCCUGUGAAGACGAGGUUGAUGUGAGGAGAACGGUCAUGCGGCGGAUCCACCUCGUAUGACACAGGUCUGCCCUUCCAGACGCCGUAGUCUUGGAUGGGCAUUCCGGAGACUGAUGUUGCACCGAGAGCUAGGCAGAGGUACAGCAAGUACUUGGUCCCGAAGACUCGGAGAGGAGAACAGAGUUCUAUGGCAGCACUUGACGACGACAGGUGGGAAUGGCUGACUUAUAGGAAUUCGAACAUGAUCAUUUCGGGCUGAAUCUGUCAUCUCGGGCCCCCCCGUGAAACGCUCAGAGAUGGCUCUCAGCUUUCGUGAGACCCAGCUGCAUCAAAGGGCAAGCAAGGCUGAGCCCGUGCUAAUCCCAGGCAGCCAGACUGGCUGUCCGAGCCUACUCCCGAAUUAGUGGAGAAUGACAAGUGGACACGAGGCAACCGAGACACUGUGUUUGUCACUUUCCCACACAGACCGACGAAGUGUGCACGUCCUCCACACCAUCUAGGAUCACGACGGCAAGCGGAAUAGGGAUAGAGAUUGUCUACACAUCACGGAAGCCGCAUGGUAGGCAUUUUUGAGACCCCGGAACGUGCCUUGGUCCUCUGUGGACUUUGGCCUGGCGGACAACAUAAGUUGGACUGGUGCUUGGAUACGACCGUCCGCUUGGAGUUCUCGUGUUCGUAAGUUGAGCAGGUAGGCCCGGGCAGGAAGAGCAAUGUUGGAAAUGCACAAAAACAUCAAGUCUCCCCCGCACCCUGGGGCUCUGGAGUAAAACGGCUGCGUAUCGUGCAUUCAACUUGCCUAGAGCUUUGAAAAGGUGAGCCUACAGCGAGGUGGAGGGGUCAGAAUUGGCGGCCAGUUUGAAGAACGUUCGAAAGCUGGCUCGGCAAUCCCCAGUGCGAAGGUCAGUCGCUGCCAGUUGUUGCAACCGGCGUUGAGCAAGCCACUGGUCCAUUUCGGCCACAGAGAUUAUAAAGGGUUGCCAAAGCGAAGCAUUCAACAAGACAUCGAGAGCCGUGAGAAAGGGAGGGAAAGAACCGCCAGCGUCUAAAGGAAAUACGAGAAACCCCGUCACCAUCAGCUGCAGAUUUCACGAUGGCAACGCCCUACCUGAGCCCGCAGGACUCAGCUUCCGAGGAUUAGAGUCCAUCACGUCGAAGCGAAACCCUGAGGAGCUGAACCUCUCGACAGAAUCUUCGUGCUCGUGUUCGGCUGACCAAUUAUCUGUGCAGCAUAAGGUGCGGCUGACCUGUCCAUAUAUGAUACCCCUCGCAAGCCUCUCUGGCUUCGCUUGGCUCUCAUGAGAUAUUUGCAUCCUUUAUGCAUAGCGGCGCACGUCGGGUCGUCCACGAGUCAAGCACAAGAUGAAAUAAACGGGACGAUAUCCUAGCCGCCUCUGGCCAAUAUGUGUGUCGGGGCCCAGCCUGUAGGCUGAAAGAUGUCUCACAUCUCUUCCCUUCUCCAUCUCGUUCCUACAAACAGGAGACCUCAUUGCCGCUCAACAUGGACAACAUCACGUCGCCAUCGGAGAUUGUCGAAACAACGAGAUUGAAACAUGGUUGGGACGACGGUGUUUUCACUUCUGAAUUGCUCAACAAGUCUGUUGUACCUAGGAACCUCACUGCUGCCGAGACGAAAGCCAAAAUCACUCCUCCGAAAGAUGCAGGAAAGCCGGAGCCGCUCAGAACAGGCACAUAUCGAGGGACGAAGUUGGCACUGACUCAAAUGACGAAGAGGAUUGAGGGAAGAUUUAAGUCCUUCUUCGACGUAGCGGGAUUUGAGACAAGCGUACCUCUGAAUCUCUUAGUCGAAGCCAAGCAGUUGUAUACCUUUCAGAAACCAGGAAGCGACAACUACCCACCCCACUUGGACAUAAUCCCGAAAGUGGAUCAAGUAAGCCUUCUCGAGAUUUUCGAUUUUAUGCGCCUGCUCGACACUGGCACAUUGAUCGGGACGUUGAUUCCUGAUAAGAUCCUCGACUUCAUUCAUGAUCAUCCCGAGGGUGCUACGGUCGACGCCAUCGAGACCCGCAACAAUGAGCUUCACAGGGACAAAGAGGACAUCUUCGAUGAAGAGAAUAUUGGCAACCGCCCAGACUGGUGGACCGACAAAGUCUUCGCUCAGCAGCAGUUCGUCGGUCCAAAUCCAACAACAAUCCAACAAGCCUCGCCCCAAUGGGUCAUGCAAUUUGCCGAGGACGCCCAAGGAAACGAUGAAAUGUAUCGUUUGAUUUCCAGCCAUGACGCGAAUAGUUUCUAUAUCCAAGACUGCAGCUACUUCCGUGCAGCUAUCGGUGCAGAUGCCCACGCAGACAUGACUUCCAAUGAUGGCACAAGGCGUCUAUGUGCAGCAGUAACUCUCUUUCAUCUGACUGAGCAAGGUACCCUGCACCCGCUUGCGAUUGCAAUCGACUACAAGGGUAGUCUGCGAGAGUCCGUAGUGAUCUUCAACAAAAGGGCCAGCCCCUCAGACCCAGAACCGAAAGACGACUGGCCGUGGAGAUACGCCAAAACUUGCGCGCAGGUCUCCGACUGGUUGAGACACGAAGUCACUGUACACCUGGUCAACGCUCAUUUGGUUGAAGAGGUCACCAUCGUGGCAGCGCAUCGAGCGUUCCCGAUCGAUCAUCCAGUCUAUCAAUUGUUGCAACCCCACUGGCUCAAAACAUUGUCAAUAAACGCUGCAGCUCGAGCCAGUCUCGUCCCGAAUGUCGUCACCAGAAUCGUUGGGGUGACGGAUCCGCAGCUCUACUCGUUCGUUCGAGAUGCGUACCGGCGCUUCGACUGGACGGGGCAGUAUGUGCCAACUAGUUUGGAGGCGACGGGGUUUCCUACUGAGGAGCUGCCGCACAACCCCAAGUUCCACAACUAUGCAUACGGACGGAAUAUGGUGCUCAUGUGGCAGACACUACGCAAAUUCGUGGCAGCAAUCAUCGCCAUCAAUUAUAAGUCGAAUGAAGACGUGGCCAUUGAUGAACAUAUCGAUGCUUGGACAAAAGAGAUGCAAAGCGAUGAUGGGGGACAGCUGAAGUCGUUCCCAGAGAUCAAGACAAUUGAAGCCCUUGUCGACGCUGUGACCAUGUGCAUACACAUUGCAUCACCUCAACAUACGGCGGUAAAUUAUCUCCAGAGUUACUACCAGACCUUCGUGAUCAACAAGCCCUCAGCUCUAUUUGCACCACUUCCGAAGACUUUGGACGAGCUCACCAAGUACACAGAGGAAGACCUGAUGGCCGCCUAUCCGGUUAACCAUCCUCGAGAAUGGCUGCUGGCCUCUCACCUCCCACACCUUCUCAGUUAUCGCGUUGCCGAAGAUCAAAAUUUGGUGAACUUUGCGUUGUCGACGGCCAAACUGGCGACAUUGAAUAACCAGGAUGCCGUAGCUGCAGCAGCAGCGCAGUUGUAUGCAGAUUUGAUGGAGUUGAGAAACGUUUUCAAGCAGAAUAGCCUGGACAUGGAUGAUCAGACGAAGCCGUAUGAUGUGAUGGAUCCACAGGUCACGGCAGUAUCGAUCUUGUUGUAAGGAGUGUGCCGGGCAUAGUGGCACACAGACUGUGAGCUGGAAAUGGUAACAAGCUAUGACGGAUAUGACCCUUUGAACAUUGCGUUAGUAACGAGAACAAGAACCAGUCUGCU